AUAUGGGUCAGCUGACGAUUCGGAACAGGAAGUCCUCAGAUGACCACGUGACUUGUUUGAAAAGAAGUCACGCGGAGUCACAUGACCCGCAGUGAUCAGAGGCACUGCAGCGCGCGGACAGGUGGACUUUCUAAGAUGCAGCCGUUCCUCUGGUUCUACCUGGCGUUCCUGCUGGGAGCCGGCGCUGCUCCAGCUGCAGAUGAGAUCACCUUCCUUCCUGGUCUGCAGAAGCAGCCGAGCUUCAGGCAGUUCUCUGGAUACCUGAAUCUGGCUGACGGGAAACACCUUCACUACUGGUUUGUGGAGUCUCAGAACAAGCCGGCCGCUGACCCGGUGGUCCUGUGGCUGAACGGUGGUCCUGGCUGCAGCUCUCUGGAUGGACUGCUCACCGAACAUGGACCCUUCCUGAUCCAGGAUGACGGCGUGACGCUGCAGUACAACCCUUACUCCUGGAAUAAGGUCGCCAACAUGCUGUACCUGGAGUCUCCGGUGGGCGUUGGGUUCUCGUACUCGGACAAUAAGGACUACGUUACCAACGACACUGAGGUGUCCAUGAACAACUACCUGGCUCUGAAGGAGUUCUUCCGGCUCUUCCCAGAGUACAGCAGCAACGAGCUCUUCCUGACCGGAGAAAGUUAUGGAGGGAUCUACAUCCCCACGCUCGCUGAGCGAGUGAUGGAGGACUCCAGCCUGAACCUGCAGGGCGUAGCCGUUGGAAACGGGAUGUCCAGCUACGAGCUGAACGAUAACUCUCUGGUUUACUUCGCCUACUACCACGGCCUGCUGGGCAGCCAGCUGUGGGCGGAGCUUCAGACGUUCUGCUGCAGCGGCGGGAAGUGCAACUUCUACGACAACAAGAACCCCAACUGCACCGAGAGCCUGACGGAGGUCCAGGUGAUCGUCUACACUUCAGGACUCAACAUUUACAACCUGUACGCUCCCUGUGCCGGUGGCGUCCCCCACAGGUUCAGUGUGGAGCGUGGGCAGCUGGUGAUCAGAGAUCUGGGAAACAACUUCAUCAACCAUCAGCAGACCCGGCAGUGGAACCAGAAGUUACUGAGUCUGGCUGCUCUGCACCUGUCCGUCCGUCUGGACCCGCCCUGCACCAACUCCACCCCCUCCUCCCUCUACCUGAACAACGCCUAUGUCCGUAAAGCUCUGCACAUCAGCCCCCAGGCUCUGGACUGGGCCAUCUGCAGUUCUGAGGUGAACCUGAACUACGGCCGGCUCUACAUGGACGUCAAGAAGCAGUACCUGAAGCUGCUUUCUGCUCUGAAGUACCGGGUCCUAGUGUACAACGGAGAUGUGGACAUGGCCUGUAACUUCAUGGGGGACGAGUGGUUUGUGGAGUCUCUGCAGCAGCAGGUGGAGGUCCAGAGGCGUCCUUGGGUCUAUGAAGGUCAAGAUGGUCGUCAGAUUGGCGGCUUCGUUAAAGAAUUUAACAACAUCUCCUUCCUCACUGUAAAGGGUUCUGGUCACAUGGUUCCAUCAGAUAAACCUGUUGCUGCAUUUACCAUGUUCUCGAGGUUCAUCAAGAAGCAGCCGUACUGACCUCAGAUUGGACCUUCUCAGCCUCCGUACUCUCAGGGUGUUUUUUCUUUUUUUUUUUUUUAUAUCACUGCCAGCCAAUCAGAUGUAGAGAUCCUGCAGAAAAUUAUGUUGACCAAUCAAGAGGUUCCUGUGUGUUGGCUCCACCCAUAUCGCCAUGGAAACGAGCACUGCCUGCUGAUCUUGUGAUAAAUGUUCAAACUGAAACCCAAAAUAAAAACUCUACUAUAACCAGA